ACUGGCCGACGUAUCGGUGAGACACCGAAAAAGCAGCAGAGACCUCUGGAGUGUAUGAAGCUCGCUGUUAAGUUCGGGCUCCCUUCGCCACGCAGACUCAGCCAGCCUACGUGAACUAACCAUGAGCACAUCAGAGUCCUUGGAUCGAAUGGAACUCUGCGAAAGUCUCUUGACAUGGAUCCAAACAUUUGGAGUGGAGGCACCAUGUAAGACAGUUGAAGAUUUGACCAGUGGGGUCGUAAUGGCCCAAGUCCUGCAGAAAAUCGACAUAUCAUAUUUUAAUGAUGCUUGGAUUACCAGAAUCAAGCCAGAGGCCGGGGACAACUGGAGGUUAAAGGUCAGCAAUCUAAAGAAAAUCUUGAAAGGCAUUCUGGACUAUUACCAGGAGGUCUUAGGUCAACAGAUCAAUGAUUUCACACUACCAGAUGUAAAUUUGAUAGGAGAGCACGCUGAUGCUGCAGAACUCGGGAGAAUGUUACAACUCAUCCUGGGCUGCGCCGUUAACUGCGAACAGAAACAAGAAUACAUCCAGACCAUAAUGGUGAUGGAGGAAUCGGUACAGCAUGUUGUCAUGACCGCCAUCCAGGAGCUGAUGAGUAAAGAGACUGCUGUCACCCCUGGAGGAAAUGACUCGUAUGCAGAUCUGGACAGAGAGCUCAAGAAGACAAUUGAGGAGCUGAAUGAUGCUUUGGCAACCAAGGAAGAGAUUUCUCAGCGGUGUCGUGAGCUUGACUUGCAGGUGGCGGCUCUGCAAGAAGAGAAGAGCAGCCUGCUGGCCGAAAACCAGCUCCUGAUGGAGAGACUUAACCAGUCUGACUCUAUCGAGGACAUAAACAGCCCUGCUGGACGUAGACAUCUCCAGCUGCAGACACAGCUGGAGCAGCUGCAAGAAGAAACCUUCCGGCUGGAGGCGGCAAAAGACGACUACCGGAUCCGUUGCGAGGAGCUCGAGAAAGAGCUCCUAGAUGUGAAGUCCCAGAAUGAAGAGCUCACGUCUUUGGCAGAUGAAGCCCAAUCUCUGAAGGACGAGAUGGAUGUGCUUAGACAUUCAUCUGACAAGGUUUCCAAACUGGAGGGUACCGUGGAGCACUACAAGAAAAAACUGGAGGACAUGGGGCUACUCAGGAGACAGAUUAAGCUUCUGGAGGAGAAGAACACAGUGUUAAUGCAGACUAACGUCAGCUUGGAGGAGGAGCUUCGAAAGGCCAAUGCUGCCAAGGGCCAACUGGAGACCUACAAGAGACAGGUGGUCGAACUUCAGAACAGACUUUCGGAAGAGUCUAAAAAGGCCGACAAGAUGGAGUUUGAGUACAAACGCCUCAAAGAGAAAGUGGACUCUCUACAGAAAGAAAAAGACCGCAUGAGGACAGAGAGAGACUCUCUUAAGGAAACUAUUGAGGAGCUCCACUGCGUUCAGGCUCAAGAGGGACAGCUUACAUCAAGUUUGUUCCCACUAGGGGGCAGCGAAGGCUCAGAUUCCCUGGCUGCUGAGAUCACCACUCCAGAAAUCCGGGAACAUCUGAUUCGCCUUCAGCACGAAAACAAAAUGCUGAAGCUGGCCCAGGAGGGAUCGGACAACGAAAAGAUCGCUUUGCUGCAGAGCCUGCUGGAAGAUGCCAACAGAAGAAAAAGUGAACUGGAGACAGAAAACAGAUUAAUCAAUCAGCGGUUGAUGGAGGAGCAGAGUCAGGUGGAAGAGCUCCAAAAGACGGUGCAGGAACAGGGUUCAAAAGCAGACGAUUCAUCAGUUCUGAAGAAGAAAUAUGACGAACAUGUGGAGAAGUUACAAGAAGUGAACAACGAGUUACUGAAGAAAAACGCUAUCAUCGAUGAAAUGGAGCCUAAAUACAAUGCCAGCUCCCAACGAGUGGAUGAGCUUGAAGAAGCUCUGAAGAAAAAAGAUGAGGAGAUGAAGCAGAUGGAGGAGAGAUACAAGAAAUAUCUUGAAAAAGCAAAAAGUGUUAUUCGGACGCUGGACCCGAAACAGAACCAAGGCUCUGGUCCGGAGGUUCAGGCCCUGAAAAACCAGCUCCAGGAGAAGGAGAGGAUGUUGCUCUCGCUGGAGAAAGAAAUGGACAAGACAAAAAGCCAGCGGGAUCACGAGGAGAAGCUGAUUGUUUCAGCCUGGUACAACAUGGGCAUGUCUCUGCAGAAGAAGGCGGCUGAAGACCGACUCGCCAACACCGGCUCCGGUCAGUCCUUCCUGGCCAGACAGAGACAAGCCACCAGCACGCGUCGCUCCUACCCAGGCCACGUCCAGCCAGCUACCGCAAGGUAGACGGCCCCAGGGCACUAAAAGAUAGCUGCUUUUUAAAUUCUCUGAACUUGCUUUUAACUGGCAAAACCUGCUUUGAGGCACAACAUUUCCAUUUAUCUCUAAUGGAUUCUGCCUUUGAUUUUCUGUUUUGUUUUUUUUGUUUUUUUCUUUUUUUUCUUCUCAAUCAGAUCCAUGAGGUAAAGAUUCAGGGGGCAAGGAUGCCCAAAUCUUGCACCCUUUUUUUUUUUUUUUCUUCUUCUUCCUGCCAAAUCCUAUUUUGACCUUGACUCCCAUCCAGUGAUGCAAGACUUCUACCUUAUUUGAACCCCAGCAUAUUUUUUUUUUUUUUAAUAUUGACUAAUCACUCCAAAUGCCCUUCCAACUGACCUCUUGUUGAACUUGUUCUGUGUGACAAACUUUACCACCCAGGCGCUCAGAAGACUUGCAUCUUUUUGAGAAGUUAUUGUCUUUUUUUGAUGAGGAGGAACAGAUCUACCUUUUCAUGCAGUAUUUAUGCACUUCUCUACCUGUGACACAUCCAUAGGAGAACGACUGUCCCUGCUGAAGAUCGAAUGUUUAAAUUUUAUUUCAUAUACCUUUUUACGGUUGGUCUUAAUUAACUGAUUCAUAGGAAGAUUUGUGUUGUCGUCUUUAUUUUUCCUGUAAAUGUCUGAAUACGGUGACAGUGGUUUUUAGAAUAACUAGGUUACAGUUGGGAAAACGAAAGCAAUAAUUGGGAAAUUUUCUCUCUCCUUUGUUUUUUUCCCCCCCCCCAAAAAAAAGGAAUCAACUUCGACAGGGAUUGAAGUUGCUUCAGAAGGUGCAAUCCAUAAUUAGCUACAGUGCUGGUCAGAAGUUUUAUCGUCAACAAGAAUUUAUUUCAUUUGCGGCUCCUAGUUUGUUUGAAAUGUUUUUUUUUUUUUUUUUUUUUUUUUGCAAGGAGUAUUUAAAAAGCAAAAAAAAAAAAAGUUAUUUUUUCAACAGGAGUGCACAACUUUGAAUAUUUUCUCCUAUUCAUAUCAGGUUAAAAUAUAGUUGGAUAUAUUUGAGAAUUGGACAAAUUGCAGUGGUGCAGCUAACAGACAUUUUUCAUGAAGCUUUUCCUUCUUCAUUAAACGAUGCCCCCACCACACAUGAGCGUCAGCCUUUCAGCUGCUACAAAUGCAGUUUAAAUGUAGUCAUGGGAGUUAGACCGCUUUCAGGUGUCCAAGUAAACAAGUAAUAGAAAAGCCAAAUGCUUGAAAUUACUAAAUAUCGCAGUUUUUUUUUUUUUACAGUCACAAUGUUGCACACAUGUACUGUGGUAAUGAUUGCGAUUAUAGUCUCUCAUCAUCCCGACAAUGAACACAAUGCAAACUUCUGACCUGCACUGUAGAUUGUUAAAUGUUCAUGCGCGUCAGGAUUUAGCUUGUUUAGUAAAUAACAGGAUUCUGGAGCAGAACCACUGGAUCUGGUUUUUAGCUUUACCAGCACGUUCUGGUUUGUGUUGAUCAGCGUUUGUGCGCCAUAGAUUUUUAUUUAUUUAUUUUUUUAACCGUCUGUUCCUCUCAACGAACCAUUUUGCAGGACUUUCCUCCAAGAUAAAAUACUUCACGGGCUUUUAGCCGUGCCAUUGUUUGAGAGUUUACGUUGUUCUGACGUACAAUUGAAGAAGAUGAUCUAUGUUUCCAUAUAGGGAUUUUAGAUGCUCCUUUACCAGGAGUUGCACAAAUUGUUGUGCGUCGGUUUUCUUUUCCAUCCUCUCUUUAACCCAAAUGUUUCACGACCGACAGGUCUUCUAUUAACUUUAAUUUUAAACUGACACGGUGCUUUUUUUUUAUGCUAACCAGCUCUCCCAUCUGACCGUAACAUCUCUCUCUCCUCCUCCUACAGCAAUAUCACUGCAUGACUGGUAUGCCAGUGAGCUGCUCCUAGCCUUGUGCGGCCGGGCCCGGCCUUGUCCCCCCCCUUGUGGCCUGCCCUGACCCCCGGGGCCAGGCCAGGCUGAGGCACCUGAUGCAUGAACCUGCCUGUCUACUGUUUGCAUGACCCCUCUGUGUUAUUUCAAGCCUUCAAAAUAACCCGUCCCUCUGUCGGCCGCAGCAGCAUGAGCACUAACAACCCUUCCGCAUUGUUAUGCAUCAUAAUCUCCAGGCAAGUCUGAUGAGGGGUUUUGGGAUCUGAAAAGAAAAGAAAAUUCUCCGAUUAAUUCCCUUUUCCACCUUCCGUGCCAGUAGUCUGAUGUUAACGUCCCUGUCCUCCCUCCUUCAUACCUUCUAACGCCGCUGUUACACCUGAUGGACACAUCCACUCGUGCUUUCACGUGCAGCAAGUCUGUUACAACGCAGUGCGCGUUUCAAACAUCCCAGAAGGGAUCAGAGUACAGCAGUAUUUCCUGUCCGUCAACCUGUUACGUAUUUAUGAAGAUCUCGUCUCCGGCUGGCCGCGUCAGGACACCUCAGUGACAUAUUCCCACAGAUCCAUUUCAGUCUACAUGACUGAGAGGAUUAACGUGUUAUUUAAGAGGUGGAGCCUGUAAAUUGGUCUUGUUUAGAGGUUUCUCCCCUUAAAACUGUCACGUCACGUCUGACCUCUUAUUUGGUGGGUUGGAUCUUAAAGAUGUUUUUUUUUUUUUUUUUUUUUUUUAUUUUUUUAAUUUAAUCCAGGUGUUGAUUACAGCAAGUUUUGAACAAAGUAAAAAGCUUUCGGGGACUUUCCUCCGUUGCCUUGUUUUUAUGAGCUGACGAUGGUAAAUAACGUGUGCUAUAUUAACAGUCUUGUUGCAGAUUAGUUUUUAUUUGAGUUAAAAGUCUUCAUUAAGCCUAAUCAUGCCUUUUUCCAGCCUUUUUUCUGCAUUAGAAUUUUUUUUUUCAUCUUAUUUAAUUUAUUUUUUGAGUGUAGGCCACAAUUUAAGAGAUGAUUGUAAUUAUACCAAAAAGCUUAUCUCUUUUUUUUCUUUUCUUUUUUUUUAAUGAUUCACAAUUUUAAAUUACGAUUUUAGAUUAAAAGUGCAUUUGCAUUCAUAAGCCAAUGGGCAGUCUGUUCACUUUAGGCCCUAACGUAAACUUCAUGUUUGGGCUGAGUAGUAAUCAGUGAAAUGAUGUGGAAAAGGCAGAAAAAGGUUGCAUUAAUUAUAACUUCCUUUAAGGAAAACGUCAAACCAGCAAAAAGCAGGAGAAUCUUCCUUUCAUGUCUGGUUUUCAGUGUUAUCAGAGCUAAAAGUCUUGCAGUAUCAAAGUAUGUUGGCAUUUUUCUUUUUGAUCAUGGAAUAAGAUGCAGUUCAUUCACUUUUAGGCAAAUUUAGAUGUUUCUGUCAGCUAUAUGUAUGGAUGUUUUCCAGUUUUGUUUUAGUAAAUGUUUUAUUUAACUUUUAUUUUCCAGAGUUCAUUAAAAAUCUUAUCCGGAAUCUGACAGCAUGGACGAGUUGCAAGUGUUAAACCCUAGAAGUGAGAGAUGGUUUAACCCUCCAGCUGAGUGCCUUUUGUUUCUGAUACUAUCAAAAGGUUUUUAGGUUUGGAUUCAAUAUGUUACAAGGUUUAUUGAGUAUUUACGGCAAACAAAAACCUCAGUUUGUCUUUAUCUUGACAAUAACUUGACUCUAAGUUUGGCUUAAUGAGAGCUUUUCUCCCCAACGUUUUACUCAUACUUCUUCUGUUGUGUAAUCUUAGUUUAAUCCAUGCAAUGCAUUUUAUCCUAAUGGCUUGUUUAUUUAUUUAUUUUUUUAUUUUUUUGCUUGUACAGCAGUGUUAACAUUUGUUUUUAAUUAGUAGUAUUAUUAUAUUACCAUUUAUACUGUUACAAUGGAUGUAAUUGAGAUCAAAAUACUGUUAAAUAACAUAUGCAACUAAAGGAGAAGGUUUCUAGUAUUAAAGCAUUUAACUCCAAGUAUAAACUGGAGAACCGUGAAAGUUACGGUUCUUGUACCGACAGUGUUUACAGGGAAAAAAAAAAUCUUUUUUUUUCUUUUUUUUUUUUUUAAACACUGCACAAAUAAAUUAGCAUUUGUAAUUGAGUACGAUGCUUUUCUCUGGAACAAAAGAAGCAAAAACACAUUUUAAUUCUCGCAUCAGCAAGAUUUUCAGUACUCGCACAAAUGACCUUUUAAGUCUAUGGAGAUGAGAUUGACAUGAUGGUAGCAAAAAUGAUCAUCAAAAAAAACUUUUUUUAAAAAAAAAAAAAAAAAAGUGUUGAAAUAACAUUUAAGAACAUGGACGACUAAAGUUUCCAGGAUUUCUUUUUUUUUUUUUUUUAUUAAAUCAUUUUUUUGAAAAUUAUGCGACAUUAACCAUUUUUCCUGUUUGUACUUCAAGUAACGUUACACAGACCUCUUUUAACCGUCCGUCCUCAGAACAUGGUUUGUAUAUAUGGCAACGCAUCCACAUUGUGGUUGACCUGUUGACAUUUAUGUCAGGGAUUUGGGGAAACCUGCGUUAUGAUCAUCUAAAAACAAACAAAAAAAAAAAGCAGGCUUUCUGGUUUCCUCCUUGCAUCCCUAUCAAACCACCCACUGUAAUUUUGUGUUCGCAUACCUCCAUUACCUGAUUACAGGUGGGGCCAAUUUGUUGUCCUUUUCAAUGCACAUUUCUUGACAAUAAAGAAGGGGUUAAACACCCGGUGUGCUGCUCUAACGAAAACUUUGAAACUCACUUCAGUGUUCUAAGAACAAAUAUUUUAUGCUGACACCCAUUGAAAACUAUCAUGUCUGUGUAUUUUUACAUGCCUGGUAUUCCCUAGAGUUUUUUUUUUUUUUUUUAAUUUGGCUAUUAAUAUCACUAAGGCUCUGUCAAAUGAAUUAGAAAGCUGAUAUGAACAACAAAAGGGGCCUUGUCUGGUUAUUGUUCCAUGAAUCGCAAAGUAGCAAAUAAUGUCCUAUUUGCCAAUGUUUUAUAUUGCUUGUAUAGAAAGACAAAUUGUACAUAACAUUUGUGGUCGUGUCGUAGGGCUGUUUUAAAAAUAUAUGCGAUUGAGGAAAUCAGGAGAUCAUGUCUAGUUAGGUGGAUUUCAUCUCACAUUUAUCCAACAAGGAUUAAUUACGCUGAUGAAAAUGUGCUUCCGACACCAUGAAACCUUGAAACCACGUUGUAAAUAAAACUUGUAUAAAAACAA